AGCGAUCGUGCUGGAGCGGCGGCGGGAGCGGAGCGGGACCGGGGAUCGCGAUAGCGCCGCGAUAUCUCCGCGAUAUCCCCGCGAUAGCCGCGCUCGGGAUUAUUGCUCUUGGAGUUUGCUUUCUUCUUCUGCGGAUUACAAUUGCACCAUGACCCUGGAGGAGCUGGUGCCUUGCGACAGCAGCAAGAUGCAGGCGGUGAGCGAGGCGGUGGAGCGGGUGCUGGUGGCGGCGCAGCGUCAGGACCGCCUCACCGUGGGGGUCUACGAGUCGGCCAAGCUGAUGAAUGUGGACCCCGACAGCGUGGUGCUGUGCGUGCUGGCCACCGACGAGGAGGACGAAGGCGACAUCGCCCUGCAGAUCCACUUCACGCUGAUCCAGGCGUUCUGCUGCGACAACGACAUCCACAUCCUGCGCGUGUCGGGCAUGCAGCGCCUCGCUGCCAUCCUGGGCGAGCCCGAGCCCGGCUCCGAGCCCCGCGACCUGCACUGCCUCCUGGUCACGAACCCGCACACGGACGCCUGGAAGAGUCAGGGGCUGGCGGAGGUGGCGAGUUACUGCGCCGAGAGUCGCGACAGGAACCAGUGGGUGCCUUACGUGUGUCUGCAGGAGCGCUGAGCCCUUCCCGGGCUGGACUUGGAGGAUUAAAAACAUUAAAAAAAAAAUAAAAACCCAACACAAAACAACAGGGGAAAAAAAAAAAGGGAAGAAGAAACAGCCAGUUCCAAGCCACAAUCCCCAAAACCCACCGAUUUUAUUUUUCUUUUGGACCGGAGAGGAGGAGGAAAGGGGAGCGCGGCCGCUGCGGUGGGAAUGGAGGAAACCGUGCCGAGCCCGGAGGGGGACGCUGGCCGGAGCCCGGGUGGACACUGGCCGGAGCUCCGGUGGACACUGGACACGGGCACUGGCCGGAGCCCGGGUGGACACUGGACACUGGCCGGAGCUCCGGUGGACACUGGACACGGGCACUGGCCGGAGCUGCCGGCCGAGGAGCCGUGCUGGACCGGGAACCGGAGCCGAGUGAGCCCCGGGCGGGCGCUGCGGAGCGCGGGGGGGUGACCCCGGAGUUGGACAUCGUCGCGAUUUUUGGGCAGCUGGGACCCGAUGGAGGCGAGGAGUGCAGAAAUCUGGAUUUUUAAAAAUUUUUCUUUUGGUGCAAAAACUGCUUUUUUCAAGGAAUUAUGGACGUCCGCACAGAUGGACCUGCACCUCCCGAGUGCUGCUUUUGCACUUGGAGACCCUGAGCUGAACUUUUUCCAGAGUUUAUUCUUCUACUGAGCGAGGAACUAAAUUUAUUUGCAAUAAAAUGUCUGACGUUA